AUGACCCCUUCGAGGCCACUGCCAGGGAGGACCCCAGCGCUCCCCCAGCCCCCGUACCCCAGGCCUCUCCCCGCCAGGAUGCUGCACCAAGCCCACCCCCCACUACACUCUCCCAGGACUCCUCCCCCACCCCUCACCAGGCCUCCCCUCCCCAGUCUGGCAUGCAGGACUCCCCAGGACAUCCAGGCCCUGAGGAGGAGCCCCCUCAGCCCCAGCAGCAGCAGUCUCCUCCCCAGGCAGCCCCGCAGGACUCCCCGCCUCACCCCGCCCCACAGUGCUCCCCGCCCAGGCCAGCCCCGGUGGAGUCUCCCCCCCAGCCACAACCCCAGGACUCUCCCCCCCCGGCCAACCCUGCAGGAUUCACCCCCACAAGCCCCUCAGGAGUCCCCAGCGCGGGUGAGCCCCCAGGCAUCCCCCCCACAGCCCUCUCCGCCCCAGUCCCCGGUGCGGGCAGCCUUCCCCAACCAGUCACCCCCGGCAGGAGAGCCCCUGGAUGCACCCCAGGAUGCCAUUCCCCAGGGGGCACCCCAGCAUGAGUCUGGGGCGGCCUCCCCCAUGGAGACGGAGGAGAGGUACGCUGAGGACGGCUCCGGGGCGGACAUGAGCCCCAUGAGUGACGGGGCGGGGCAGGGCGGGGCCUACGCAGAUGGCGACGGCCGCCCCAACGAGGGCACAGAAGACAGCGGGGCGGAGGAGGACGGCUCCCCCGCCCCGGAGCCCCAGGAGGACGAGGAUGCCGGGGGCAGCGGCCCCAUGAACGAGGACUAG